UGUCAUUCUCCCUCUUCCCUUCUCUCUUCUCUCGCUCGCUCGCUCCUUGUGUUCCAUUGUUGUUGCUCGUCUUCCUCGCUUUGCAAUCUGCUUUUCAUUAUCUCGGAUGAUCUCUGGGUUCGGUGAGGGGCACUUCACUGUUCGUGUGCUAGCAAGGAGGUGCUGGGUGCCAUGAGAAUCCGCCGCAAGUCGGAGAAAGUGGUGGAGAGUGACGGGGUACCGCCGUUACACACUCUCAUCACCUGCACGUACCAGAAGCUGUUUAAGAAGGAUGGCGAGCAUGGAGGUGGAAACGAAGAUGGGGUAGCAGAGACUCAUGGAACUAGUGAGACAGGGAAGGCUAACAUGGCGGACCGCCACAGAAAGCAGCGUCAUGAGUGUGGGUCAUGGGCUCAUAGGAGGAGGGUGAGUCGGGAGGCGAAAGAGGAUGCGGUAAAUAUGUACGUUGGUAGGCAUGGAGAUAAUGAUGUGCUUGAUUCUUCUCAGGAUCUGUACGAGGCGCGUAACCACUCUCUCCUCCCCAAGAGACGCAAGGUCAAGAGCACCCGAUACGCGGAAUUCUCAGAAGAGGUGAUUAACAUGAGUACACCCCACAGCACUAAGGCUGAGAAAAGAUCUCGAAAUAUCGAGAAGGAUAUCGAAGAAGACAAUGCAGAUUUUGUCAGCACUGUUGCAAACUCGAAAGAGGCAUUGAUUGCGUCAAUUUUCUACGUCUUUGACACUCUAGGAAAAAAUGGGCUCACUGCAAGCGAGGUUGUAGCCAUUAUGCUGGAACAAAACCUCCCUGGUCUCAAAGAAGGAGGCGCUAGGCAUACUGUGCAAGUAGCGAACGUGCUUCGGAGGUCACGUCAUUUCAUUUCAAUUGGUAACAAGCAGUACCUUCCGUGCCCAGUUGCAGAAGAUUCAAAGCUUGAGGCCAAGAAACAGGGUCAUGGACGGAAUGGACAAUCGAGCAAUGACAAGCAAGCGCGCACAGAGUGCAAGCUCUACGAUGGCAGCGGGUGGCACUGCCCUCGUCAAGUACAAUCAGGAUUCUCAUUGUGUGUCCAUCAUCUAGAUAUGAUCAACAGGCCGUCCGGCAAGGUGCCAACUACUUCGUUGGUGAAAGAUUCGCCUGUGCAUGUUCAUGAGCCUUCAACUCCUCAACAUGAGGGUGAGGAAUCUGACUCUGAUCAACAAGAAAGUGAAGACAUUGGGCCAGCUGUUAUUGCCAAAUGGGGCAGAGAUCGGGCUCCGGGUUCAGUACCAAGCCAGAAGCGGAAGAUGCUUUCUCUUAUGUCCAUAAAGUAGAGAAGUGUAAUUCGUUAUUUUUCUUGGUCGCUAAGGUACAUUAUUCAGAAUUGUGAUUUGCAUAGAUGUGUGGGAUUCUAGUCUAAAGCUUUCAAAACAUUGACUUUGUAUAGAACUGAUCUCUAAGUGGUGCUAGAGACCGAAUUGAUUACGAUUUGAUCUUGUACAUUGUGCGAUUUCGAGUCAUUUAGGUGUGAGCAUGUACGAACACAUUUGGGAAUUUUCAUUUUCGACAUUGUCAACAAUAACCCUUUCAGGGCCACCACUUCUGUACUUCAA